CGCUCUGCUUCCCGAACCGCCAUUUUGAAAAUCUUGUUGAUUCUGAGGAGCGGGGAGAGAGAGAGAGAGCGCGCGGCGCGAGGACCUCGGCCCGCGCGCCUUCUACUCAGCGGCGGCCUUCUCGUGCGCACCCGCGGCCCCCAGCAUGUCGGCAGCGGCAGCCCCCGCUGCGGAGGGAGAGGACACCCCCGCGCCGCCCGCGUCCGAGAAGGAACCCGAGAUGCCGGGUCCCAGGGAGGAGAGUGAGGAGGAGGAAGAGGAGGAAGACGAAGAAGAAGAGGACGAGGACGAGGAGGAAGAAAAAGAAAAGAGUCUUAUCGUGGAAGGCAAGAGAGAGAAGAAGAAAGUGGAGAGAUUGACGAUGCAAGUGUCUUCCCUGCAAAGAGAGCCAUUUACAAUCGCACAAGGGAAGGGUCAGAAACUCUGUGAAAUUGAAAGGAUACAUUUCUUUCUGAGUAAGAAAAAAACAGAUGAACUUAGAAAUCUACACAAACUGCUUUACAACAGGCCGGGCACAGUGUCCUCGUUGAAGAAGAACGUGGGUCAGUUCAGUGGCUUUCCAUUUGAAAAAGGCAGUACCCAGUAUAAAAAAAAGGAAGAAAUGUUGAAAAAGUUUAGAAAUGCCAUGUUGAAGAGCAUCUGUGAAGUUCUUGAUUUAGAGAGAUCAGGUGUGAACAGUGAACUAGUGAAGAGGAUCUUGAAUUUCUUAAUGCAUCCAAAGCCUUCUGGCAAACCAUUGCCAAAAUCCAAAAAAUCUUCCAGCAAAGGUAAUAAAAAGGAACGGAACAGUUCUGGAACAACACGGAAGUCAAAGCAAACUAAAUGCCCUGAAAUUCUGUCAGAUGAGUCUAGUAGUGAUGAAGAUGAGAAGAAAAAUAAGGAAGAGUCUUCAGAAGAUGAAGAGAAAGAAAGUGAAGAGGAGCAACCACCAAAAAAGACAUCUAAAAAAGAAAAAGCAAAACAGAAAGCUACUGCUAAAAGUAAAAAAUCUGUAAAGAGUGCUAAUGUUAAGAAGGCAGACAGCAGUACCACCAAGAAGAACCAAAACAGUUCCAAAAAAGAGUCUGAAUCUGAAGACAGUUCUGAUGAUGAACCUUUAAUUAAAAAAUUGAAAAAGCCGCCUACAGAUGAAGAGCUAAAAGAAACAGUGAAGAAAUUACUGGCUGAUGCUAACCUGGAAGAGGUCACAAUGAAGCAGAUUUGCAAAGAGGUGUAUGAAAAUUACCCUGCUUAUGAUUUAACUGAGAGGAAAGAUUUCAUUAAAACAACUGUAAAAGAGCUAAUUUCUUGAGAUAGAGGACAAAUGGCUUGUUCUCAGAUUUGAAGAUCUGAUUUAUACCAGCAAAGAGAAUGUAUUCUUUUUUAAGUCUAUUGUUGGUAGUACUUGCUGCUCUUUUGCGUGUCACAUAUAUUUGAGCUUGUUGUUUUAAAUUGCAUUUUCUUGCAGUUUUCAGUUUAAAUCUUGCAUGGCAGUUCCUUGCUUUUUAUAGUUGUACAUUUUGCGUUUCUUUAUUAUAAGGUCAUAGAUUCCUGAACUGUUGUGAAUUUUAGUGAACUUAAUGUUAGCUUGCUUAAGACAUUGCUUUUAAUCGGAGCAGAAACUAUUCUAACCAGCAUUUAUACAUGCAAAGACUUACAGUAUUUAGUAUACAAAAUAUUUUGAAUACACCUUCUGUCAGCGUGAAGACAUAGCGGCAGUUUGUUCAUCAUAGUAGAGCACAGCGUUCAGAUGACCGAGUUGGAACUUUUUCUGCAUGUGUAUAUAUGUCAAGUUGUUGGCAUGACAGAAGUGACAGAUGUUAUUUUUGUAUUUUUAAAAACCAAUUUGUUGUAUAUAAUUUUUUUUAUUUCUUUUGUGCAAAUCAAUUUUUUAAACUCUUGUGUCUUUAAACUUGUAACUAAGUGUCAGUGUUCAUCCAGGCAGCAAUGACAGAACGGAGUUCAGUGGUGAUAAUACUGAAGGACUGUUCAGUUCUGCUUUGCCCUGAAAGUGUCAUCAGUGUGGUUGUGUUAACUUUAAGUGUCAUAGAAACUUCAUGAGGAUAAACACAUCACAGCUUCAAAAACUGGGAAAGAGUGAGCACACAUGGCUUAUAUAAGUGAACUGACAGUAGUAAACUUUUGACCAGAUAAAUAUUAGAUACAGGAAACCUGGUUACCUUCAUAAUUAUGAUUAAAAGUAUCAGGUGUAGCCAGAGCUGGUGUGGACAGUGUAGGUAUCUCUGAAAGUAUUUAUCAAAAACCAUACAUUAAAUGAAUAUUAAAGUAUUACAGAAUCAAGGCUGUUUGAUUUUAAAUUUUGGUCAUCAAGAUUUUAAGGUGAUGAAACAUGGACUGCCCCUGAAUUUAAAAUUUGACUGUCCUAAUAACCUAUUUCUGAAUUAUAAUAUGCUGCUUGACAACAUGACAUUUGAUGUACCAACUAAGUGUUUGAUCUUCACAUCAUAGAUUUGAGCAUUAACAGGUAUUUUCACAUACUUGACUUCAAUAUGCUUAGAGUGAAAUGGAACAAGCAAUUAAGUGGGGACUAAAUGUUGGCUUUUAAGUAAUUUGUCAUAAAUCUUCACAAUAAAGAAUAAAUCAGUGUUUUAAGUGUCUCGUA